CAUAGUCUUUAAUCCUCUCUCUCUCUCUCUCUCUCUUAAAAGAACCCGGUGAUUAGAGCAGAGUUUACAGUCUGUUUUUUAAUAUUGUCAAAAGCACGAAACACUGUGUCUGAGAUUGAAAAAAAAAAGAAAAUUUGUGCAAAGAUGACAGUGGAGAGAAUUGUUAGUGAAACGAAGGAUCAGUUUCCCAUUGGCAUGCGAGUAUUGGCCGUUGACGAUGACCCAACUUGCCUUUUACUGCUCGAGACUCUGCUUCGUCGAUGCCAGUACCAUGUUACUACAACAAGUCAGGCUAUUACUGCAUUGAAGAUGUUGAGAGAAAACAAUAACAAGUUUGACUUGGUUAUCAGCGAUGUCCAUAUGCCCGACAUGGAUGGUUUUAAGUUACUCGAGCUUGUGGGGCUUGAGAUGGACCUGCCUGUCAUAAUGUUGUCUGCAAAUGAUGAUACGAAGCUUGUGAUGAAAGGGAUUACUCACGGAGCUUGUGAUUAUUUGCUGAAACCUGUUCGAAUCGAGGAGCUAAAAAAUAUAUGGCAGCAUGUAAUCAGGAGAAAGAAAUUUGAUAGAAAAGAUUGGAAUAAUUCUGGCAGUCAAGAUAAGCCCUGUGCCGAUAGUAGUGAGGCUGCAGGGAUAGGAAACGCUGAUAACAAUUUGAAGUUGAACAAAAAGCGGAAGGACCAGAAUGAAGAUGAGGAUGAAGACCUUGAUGAGAAUGGGAAUGACAACGACGAUCCGUCGGCCCAAAAGAAACCUCGUGUUGUUUGGUCAGUGGAAUUGCAUCGCAAAUUUGUUGCAGCGGUUAAUCAGUUGGGCAUUGAAAAGGCUGUACCGAAAAAGAUCCUAGAACUGAUGAAUGUUGAAAAGCUUACCAGAGAAAAUGUUGCCAGCCAUCUGCAGAAAUUUAGGCUUUACCUGAAAAGAAUCAGCUGUGUGGCAAAUCAGCAAGCAAAUAUGGCGGCAGCUUUAGGCACUGUGGAUUCUUCCUAUUUACGGAUGGGGUCUCUGAAUGGACUUGGGAAUUUUCAUGCCUUGGCUGGAACUGAUCAGCUUCACAAUGCAGCCUUUAGAUCUUUCCCACCUAGUGGGGUUCUUGGAAGAUUGAACACACCUGCUGGGCUAGGUAUACGAGGCCUUCCAUCUCCAGGAACUAUUCAAUUAAGUCAUGUGCAAAACUCGGGUCAUUCGAGUAACGAUCAGAGCAAGAUGCAAUCUUUCGUUCCUGGAAACCAUAAUACGAACAUCCUACAAGGUAUGCCAAUGUCACUAGAACUUGAUCAACUACAAAAUAACAAGGGUGAUAGCCGCAUCGGAGAGCUGCCAACUGUCAAUAGUACAGCUGUUUUCCCUGUUUCUGGCAGUUUAAUAGAUUCACAAAUAGCUGGAUUCUCCAAUAAUCCACUUCUUGGUGUUAAAAGCAACUCCUUGAUGUUAGAAGGAAGCUCUCAGCAAGCCACUUUGCAUGCUUGUAAUUUGAGAGAUGGAGUUUCCGCAAUAGGCUUCCAAAAUGGGAAUACUUUAUCCGACUUUGCUUCCAUUGAUCCCGUUUCCAGUCGAUUGCGGGAUUCAAAAGCAGAUUUACAAGGACAAGCAGCCCCAAUCAACUGUAAUGCAGGGCCCAUGAUCAGAAGUGUUCCUCAAGAAUGGAAAGCCCCCAGAAAAGAUGCCCUCUACCAGUCACAUCUUAUGUCUUGUUCAGUGAACUCUUCAAUCCCUGUUAAUGGUGCUAUGGUUCAGUUGGACCAGUGCUUGGACCGAAAUAAUUCAAUUUUCCACAGAACUAUGGAUUCGGGUUCUAUGGGACCAUUGAAUUUUUUUUAUCCUUUAUCCAUCAAGCAUAGUAAAGGUCUCAACUCAGCUAUGGAGCCAUCAGUUACCGAAAAAGAAGGAUAUUUUACGUACCAACUAAGACCACAGGGGAAUCACAUUCCUGAUAACAUUGGCUCAUUGGAAGAUCUGGCGAGUGCAAUGAUGAAAUCGGACCAAGAUAAACGGAAAUCGAUGGACGGUAAUUUCAAACACGAUAAUUAUUCUCGCAGGACUUGCAUGUGAAGAUUAGAAUGUAGCGUACUAGCAGCAAAAGAAGGAUCUGCUUUACAAGCAUUUGGUCCUCUUGAUAGUUUUGCCCUCGAUUUAAACUCGUAUUUCUGCCAUUUUCAACC